UGGAAAUUGCAGCGACGGGCGGGAAAAUGAAGCUUUAAAGUAGCUUUCGCGAACCCGUCGUCGUACGUUUGGAAAAAUGGCAAGAAUCUUACCGAGCGCUUUGUAAUCCUUCCCGGAAGGAAGCAUUGGCUUUGGCUUUGGCUUUUUUUGACAGGAAAGAAAUCGCCUUGGACGCAAUAGGCGCCGGCCGGGUCCGCUCUGCGCUUAAGUCAACGCGGGCCCAACGGGCCGGGCUCUCGUGAAGAAGGCGAGGCAGAAGCAACAAAGCCAUAAACAAGGCGAGCGCGGCGAGCGUGGCGGGCGACGGCGGCCUGACGCUAGCCAGACGCGCGCUAGUGACGGAUGGACGACAAGCGAGGAACACCAAGGCUAAACAAAAGUGACGGCCAAAGCGCCGCUUUCCAGGCUUACUGGACAAAUUGGGACAAUCCGUCAGUGUGCACUCGGGCCGGUAAAGACACUCGCAGUCCAUGAAUCACAUUUUGGCGAGGGGGGGAACUUUAAAGAAUGUGACCAUCAAAGUGCGUCGACGUUGGCAAACGACUUCAUUUGAUGUUGUCAGCAAGCGACCGACGCUGACCUUUCUGAGAGCGACCUCUCUCUUGGUGCAAACUUUCUGCCGCGUUGGAGUGCUGCCCUCUGCCUUCGGGAAAACGCAAGAACAAGCAGCAGGGUGGAAGUGGGGCUUGGAUUUUGGAGGGAGGGAGGGAGCCAGACACCAGAAACUUCUUCUCUCCACGCCCUCUUGGCCCUUCUUCCUAUCAGGUGUACUUUGAACAAGCCCGUGUUUGUCUCGGGCGGGGCAGUGAGGCAAGGCGAGCGCUGCUGCGGCGGCGCCGCGUGUCGCAAGAGACCAGCAUUCGCUAACGUGCUCGGGCAAAGCAUGGGAUCGUGUGGAAUCCCGGAGAGCCCGCAAAAACAUUGCUGAAGAGGACCGAGACACCAUGGAGAGCGCCAGCGAGACCUCCAGAAUCCUGGAGAAGGGUCCGGACUACCUUCGCAAGCAAAUGGACCUGGAGAGUGAGGCGAAAGGGCCCGCCGCCAGCGCCGUGGAGCGACUGGCCGCCAGCAGGCCCAAGUACGUGAAAAGCCAACAGGCGGUCAGCGCCACCGGCGAGGCGCUCGUCGGGCCGCCGCUCGUCGACCCGCCGCUCGUCGGGCCGCCGCUCGUCGGGCCGCCGCUCGUCGGGCCGCCGCUCGUCGACCCGCCGCUCGUCGACCCGCCGCUCGUCGACCCGCCUUCCGGCGACCGGAGCUCGGCGCCCCCCCGAGGCUCCCCGCAGAGCCGCUCCCCGACGCAGGUGCGGCGCUCCAGCUCCAAAAAGCGCCCUGACUCCAUCCUGCUGUACAGGCAGAAAUGCGAGCUGCUGAGGGCGGGCGGCGGCCAGCGCAAACAUCACAUCACGCGCAAACUGCUUCGGAGCUCGGCCAGCAAACCCGUCAGCGUACCCGAGGCGGCCGAGAAGGAGCCCGACGGCGCCGAGGAGGAACUCGGCGCGCCUCGGCCUUCUGCCGCCGGGGAACACCGCUCGAGCACCAGGACCCCGACGCCCGAGAGAAGGCGGCGCGGAGCUCGCGCAGCGGCCCCAAAAGAGGCAUGUGCUCAUCUGCUGAGCGUUCCCGCCAGCAGCAGGGCCAAAGGGGUGGCUCGAUCCCGCUCGGACAUCAGCUCCAGGUACUCCAAGAACUUUGCCGACUUUGACGCCUUCUUCAAGUACUGCGGCCUGGACGGGGAGGUGGUCGAGUCUCUGGGUAAGGAGAACUUCUCAGCGCGCUCGGACGAGACGGCCGUCAAGCUGCGCAGCGUCAGCGUGUCGGCGUCGGACGACGGCUUCUCCCGCGACGGCAGCGACGGCCUGCAGGAGGAGGUCCUGCACGAGAAGAUCCGCCAGGGAACCUCGGUCAUCGAGCGCAACGCGAGGAUCAUCAAGUGGCUGUACAGCUGCAAGAAUGCCAAGGAGAGCGGCAAGAAGUUGAGAGACCUGGACUGAACUGAAACCGGCUUCCACCGGGGCCUUUCCCGGCUGACUUUGGGUGCAUGCCCAGGACUGGACCGGACCGGACCGGACAGACCGGACUGGGGAUUGAGAACAAAUUAGCCCAGGUAGUUUCACAGAUGGACCUGCCUGGAGCUUGUGAAACUGCAUAACAUAACGUUGAUGCGCACUGGAGACCUUUCACAAGACUGACUGUCAUCCCAGACAAGUCCUGUCCUGCCCUGCCCUGCCCUGCCCUGUCCUGCCCUGUCCUGCCCUGCCCUGUAAGAGAGAUUUCAAAUGUACCACCCACAGGCUAUUAUUUGGUCCCUUGUUUUUUAUAUUGAUUGUACUUCACUUUGAACAAAUAAGUUUUGCAUUCCAUCAUGUGCUUCUUUUUUCACGUUUUCUCCCAUUUUGCCAGGUUUCAUUUUGUUUCUAAACUCCUGCAGGUCAUGUUGCAGUUGUUCCUACGAUUGAUGGAAGUGGAAUUAACAAUUGGAUUAAGAUGGGUAAAUGUUCAAAGCCCAAGUCGCAAAUGUACGACCACCCGCUGAACUCUGCACUCUUGCUAAUAUUAGCACUCUUGUGAAAAUCA